GAGAGAGAGAGAGAGAGAGAGAGGGAAGGUGGAGGGGGGGGGAGACAGACAACACGAACCGGGUAGCUAUGGAGAUAGUAGCUUUUCCUGCUCGCUUUCUUUGACAGGUGUCGAGGAGCGGGCUAAAAAAAAAAAAAAAAAAAAAAACCCCAACAAGAAAUCAGCAAAGUGUACGCCGAGCAGCGUCCAAGAUGUACGGCAAGGGCAAGGGAGCCGCGGUCCCCUCCGACAGCCAAGCCAGAGAAAAGUUGGCGUUGUACGUGUACGAGUACCUCCUACACGUGGGAGCGCAGAAGUCAGCGCAGACCUUCCUGUCUGAGAUUCGAUGGGAGAAGAACAUCACAUUAGGGGAGCCCCCCGGAUUUCUCCAUUCGUGGUGGUGCGUGUUCUGGGACUUGUAUUGUGCCGCUCCGGACCGACGGGAGACGUGCGAGCACUCCAGCGAGGCCAAAGCCUUCCAUGACUACAGCGCGGCAGCAGCGCCCAGCCCGGUGAUGGGCAACAUGCCCCCCAACGACGCCAUGCCAGGCGGACCCAUGCCUCCGGGCUUUUUCCAGGGACCGCCUGGCUCUCAGCAGUCCCCCCACGCACAGCCCCCCACACACAACCCAAGCAACCCCAUGAUGGGACCCCACGGCCAGCCUUUCAUGUCGCCCCGGUACCCCGGUGGACCGCGUCCCACCCUCCGAAUGCCAAAUCAGCCCCCAGGUGGAAUCCCAGGAUCGCAGCCUCUUUUGCCAAACAGUUUGGACCCAACACGGCCGCAAGGGCAUCCCAACAUGGGCGGUCCGAUGCGGAUGAAUCCUCCUCGAGGAAUGGCCAUGGGCCCACAGAAUUACGGCGGCAUGAGACCACCACCCAACUCCAUGGGCGGACCCAUGCCAGGAAUGAACAUGGGUCCGGGAGGCAGAGGGCCGUGGCCGGGACCCAACGCUAACUCAAUAGCCUACUCCUCCUCGUCUCCGGGCAACUACGUGGGACCCCCAGGUGGCGGAGGUCCACCCGGAACUCCCAUCAUGCCCAGCCCAGGUGAUUCGACCAACUCGAGUGAAAACAUUUACACGAUGAUGAAUCCCAUCGGACCUGGAGGCAACAGGCCCAACUUCCCAAUGGGACCCGGGCCCGACGGGCCGAUGGGUGCGAUGGGAGCCAUGGAGCCGCACCACAUGAACGGAUCGCUCGGUUCUGGAGACAUGGACGGCUUGCCAAAGAGUUCCCCUAAUAACAUGGGGGGCAUGAACAACCCCCCCGGAACGCCGCGGGACGACGGCGAAAUGGGCGGCAACUUCUUGAACCCAUUCCAAAGCGAAAGUCACUCCUCGUCGUCGUCGUCCUCCGGCGCGGUUCUGGAGCUCGCCAGGACGCUGGCGAAAAAGACGGGCCCUCCGGGAGCGUGCAAGAUGGCCGCCGGGCCGGGCAGGAAGUUGCAGCAGGGCGGCAGGAAGGGCCUCUUCUCGGACUUUAGACAAUGAGUGCGGGGGAGUGAGGACAAACGGAGAAAAAGGAGAGCGACACGUGCUCAAGGACGCUGGCUCUCUGGAAUCUUCAUCUGCAUUCGGACUUGUUAUUAUUAUUAUUAUUAUUAUGAUUAUUUUAUUUUUUUAAGUAGUUUGUAAUGUAUUGUUCCUGACCUCUGCUUGUACAUUUUUAACAGAGGUUUUGUGAGGAUCCGUUUUUUUCUUUUUUUUUUUCCUACUGUGUGUAUGUAUUAUAUCAUUGCUAUUUUUAUUAUCGUAUUGUUAUUAUUGAUUAUAUUGCUGUGCUUAUUUUCUUGUUCAUUUAUUAUUUUGCGGGACAAGGCCCAAUUACGUGUGCACAAACGAUGUGACCACACUGCUGGUAAGAUUUUAUCCCUGGACUAUUGACCUUUAAAAAAAAAAAAAAAAAAAAAGACACAUUUAUUCAUUUGUCAUUUUCUCUUUUUUAGCCACAUUUUUUUUUUUACUGAAAUGAUUUGAUUUUGAACCAAUAUUUUGUUUUUUGGAGUUUUCCCCCCAACGUUUUAUUUUCAAACUUUUCAACCCAGUUAUUUUUUUUGUCCAUCUUAAUUGUCUUGUAAAUCUCACCUGAUGUACCCAAAAUAUGUUUUUUUGUACCCAAAACGUUUUAUAUAGAAAUGUUGAAUGCCCCGCCCCCAAAUUUGUCCAAGGCGUUUUUUGUUUUGCUGAUAAUUUGUCACCAAUGAGUACAGUGGAGUUUGAAUGCUGCCCCCCCCCACCCCGCCCCCCGCCCCUGAAGUUCGCUUAGGAUGGGGCCCAGGCAGGGGUGUCAUCCAUUCUCAUUUUUCCUUUCUUAAUAAUUUUGAUGUGUCCCAUAACUUUAGCAGAGGUGACAUUCCCCUUGUUGUUGUUGUUUUUCAGUUGCCCCCCCACCCCCACCCCCCAAGAGCUUUGCCCCUCGUGGGGUGCUGCGCCCUUGUUACCUUUUUAUUUAUGUAAACCUCUCCCAUCUUGUUUUUUUGUUUUUGUAAAUACUGUACAAUGCAUUUUUUGAUAUCAUUGACAUGUUUUGAUAUUUCAAAAUCACAGAAAACAUGCGCGCUCGUGUGCGUGUGCACGCGCGCGUGUGUGUGUUUGCGAGUUGCGAGGCGAGAUGUGCACAGUCUCUGACUUUUAAAUGAAAACUCUGUAAAUGUUUAUUAUAAAAAUACAGAAUGGAGGCUCUAAAGUUGAAACGCCACGCACAAUUCUAACUGUGAAUCGGACAGAAGGAGGCCAUAUAUGUUGACGCGUAUCCCUUCUUCGGAACUAUGAAGGAUUUUAUUUUAUUUUAUUUUUUUUAGGAGGAUUUUUCAAUUACUCUUGUCCAAAAAAAAAAAAAAAAAAAGAAAAUGCAGUUGUUCUAUUUUUGUUGUUUCUGUCUACAGCAAUGAUCAUUUCUGUAUUUUUAUUGUGCUGUUGUAAAAUACUGUAACAUUUAAAGAAAUGGGCUUAAUUUGAGGACUGUUUCUGUUCAAUUUCCUCAAUUUGUUUUAUUUUAUUUUAGCAGUAUUGAAUAUGAGGCAUUGUGUCGGGGAGGGGUGGGGGCUUUGCUUUGUAUCAUGUUAGGGUAGUUUUCCCCAUCCUAAAUGUCUUGUGUAGUUUAAAGAAAAAGAAGAAGAAAAAAAAACAAGAGGUUCCUUCUUAUUUGUAUGUUUCUUUAUAUUGUAAAGUUUCUUUAGAUAAAAAAAAAUGUUAUUGAAAAGGGGGAAGGUGGGAAGACUGCAUUGUGUAUUUUUUUUUAUUUUCAAGUUGUCAGUCGUUUUUACCUGUGUCCCCCCCUCUCCCCCCUUGUUGUAGAUACAUAUUAAAAACAAAUAAAAUGACUUCACUCCUUUUGCCAUGAGCAGCAGCUGCUUUCAAUCCCAGCGUUUAUAUUUUACUCCCGACAUAAUUCUUUAAAUUUUUUUUACCGUUUUCUUUAUGGUAUAAAGAAUAUUGUAGUUGUUUUAUUGGUAUCCCUUUGACAUGAACUUUGAAUUGAGUGGUCUACUAAUGGAUUGUUUUUAUUAUUUUAAAUUAUUUUUUUUUAAUGAAAAUGUUAAAAAUUGGGUUUGGUAUGCAGGCUUCCUCUCGUGGUCCGUGAAAAAAAAAUCACUGCAGUCUUCCGUUCAGAAUUUUGUGAUUUAAACCUUUUUUUUUUUAUCCAGUAUAGUACAAUUGUUGAGUACAGUUCAGUUUUUAACUUUAAAGUACAGUGUACUUAGUUCUUUCUUUCCCAAUAUUUAUCUCUCCGUAUUGUUAUAUUUAAAUAAACUAAUAAUAGUUACACAUUUUAUUUUAAGCACCCU